UGCCGUCUACCGAACAUCACUACUGCAAGAAGGCAGAGCCGCCGUCCUCAUUGCCGGAGCAAUUCCGUAAUCUCUACAGUAGCAAGAAGAUGGCGUAUGCAGCGAUGAAACCAACAAAGCCAGGGCUAGAAGAGCCCCAAGAACAGAUUCACAAGAUUAGGAUUACUCUUUCAUCCAAGAACGUUAAGAAUCUUGAGAAAGUGUGUGCGGAUUUGGUUCGUGGUGCCAAGGACAAGAAAUUGAGGGUCAAGGGACCAGUUAGAAUGCCAACCAAGGUUCUGAAUAUCACAACUAGGAAGUCCCCUUGUGGUGAAGGGACAAACACAUGGGACAGAUUUGAGCUUCGUGUCCACAAGCGUGUCAUCGAUCUUUUCAGCUCACCAGAUGUCGUGAAGCAAAUCACCUCCAUCACAAUUGAACCCGGUGUCGAGGUUGAGGUUACCAUCGCCGAUUCUUAGAUUUACCGAGUCUUGUGUUACUAUGUUCCAUGUUGGGUAAGAAUGUCUUUUUCGUAGGAUUAAUACCUUUAAAAUUUUGGAAGUAUUUGACCGGAAAAAAAUAUUUAAGAGUUGUGUUUAUUUUUAUUUUUUGUAUGUUUCAUCAACUUUAUGCAUUUCUAUAUCAUAUCCCCACUUUAGCAAUUUA